AUGACUACAUUAUUGAUUGACAAUUACGACAGUUUCACCUGGAACGUAUACCAGUAUCUCUCGGAGCUGGGUGCAGACGUACAGGUGUACCGUAACGAUCAGAUCACGUUGGAGCAAUGUAUUGCCAUCAACCCCCGGAAUGUGGUAAUCUCACCCGGGCCAGGACGACCCGCUGAUGCAGGGGUAUCAAACGAUGUCAUUCGACACUUUGCAGGGAAGGUCCCAAUACUUGGUGUAUGUCUUGGUGAGCAAUGUAUGUACGAGACAUACGGUGGAACGGUGACAUAUGCUGGUGAAAUUGUGCACGGUAAAACUUCGCCUGUUCGACAUGAUGGUCGCGGUUUGUACGAAACGGUUCCGCAAGGUAUCGAGGCCACUCGAUAUCAUUCUCUGGCUGGCGAUCCCAAGACGUUGCCGGAGUGUUUAGAAAUUACGAGCUGGACGGAUAGUGGAAUCGUGAUGGGCAUACGGCACAAGACGUUUGUGAUGGAAGGAGUACAAUAUCACCCUGAAAGUAUUGCUAGCGAAUGCGGCAAGGUGAUGUUUGCGAAUUUCCUAAAGUGGGAGGGCGGUACAUGGGAUCGAUUGCGGUUGCGGGAAGAUUUGGUGAAGAAGCCUGACGGACAUGGAGGACCUGCGGUCAAUGGUGCCAGCGAUGGAAAGCGAGCGGGCACCGGUGACGGCAUUCCACUGGCAAAGGUGUCCAAAAUUAAUUCGACGAGCACUGCAGGUGGAGGGGUGCAUAGGGCAGGAGGCAGCUCUCCCGCGAUAAGCGGGAAAGGGAUGCAAUCGACAACUGCUGCCUCCAAAAGCCCUAGCAUCCUUCAUACCAUUUAUGAGCAACGUCUCCGUGACGUGCGUGAAGCGCGAUCUCGUCCCGGACAAUCGGACUAUUAUUUGCAGCGGUCCAUUGCACUUGGUCUUUCGCCAUCGAAGAUCGACUUCCCAGCUCGUGUGCUCGCUGCAGCAAACCCGGUGGCGGUGAUGGCAGAGAUCAAACGUGCAUCUCCUUCAAAAGGCAACAUUGAUAUCACAGCCCAUGCACCUAGCCAAGCAUUGGAAUAUGCUCGCGGUGGAGCGGCAGUCAUUUCCGUGCUAACUGAACCUAAAUGGUUCAAAGGUAGCUUGGAAGACAUGCGCCUUGUCCGCGCCGCGUUAGAAGGAGUCCCUGACCGUCCUGCCGUACUUCGCAAGGAUUUCAUUGUGGAACGGUAUCAAAUUCUGGAAGCGCAUUUGUACGGAGCGGACACUUUGCUACUUAUUGUCGCGAUCUUGGAUGAUGAUAAACUGCGGGACCUGUUGGAGUAUUCGCGGCAGUUGGGUAUGGAGCCCAUGGUUGAGGUUGCAAAUUCUGCUGAAAUGGAACGUGCGGUAGCCAUUGGAGCCAAGGUCAUUGGUGUCAACAACCGAGACCUGCAUACUUUCAACGUGGACAUGAACAGGACGAGCGACCUUGCCACGAUGGUACCGCAAGGCACCAUCUUAGUUGCAUUGAGCGGGAUCACGGGACGUGCGGAUGUGGAAACAUACAUGAAAGGUGGUGCUAAGGCGGUUUUGGUAGGAGAAGCGUUGAUGAGGGCACCCAGUAAGCGGGACUUUAUCCAACAACUCUUGGGUAAGGACGUGGAAGAACAGCCAGCGGUCUCGAACCGAACGAUGGUCAAGAUCUGUGGGGUAACAAAUGUAGAGGAUGCGCUGGUGGCCGCCAAAGCAGGCGCCGAUUUCAUUGGCCUGAUUUUUGCAGAGUCAGCACGAAAGGUGACCAUUGACCGUGCCAAGGAGAUUGUCCAAGCAGUGCGCAGAGAGCUAAAAAUUUCCGACGAACCUGCGCCCGCUCUUCCCAUCCCAUCUCCCGACGCGAGUCCAUCUACCUGGCUGAACUUGGCCCUCUCGACGAUCCGAAGCCCACGCGCUGGCCCCCUCUUUGUAGGGGUGUUUGCAAAUCAUUCUGUGAGCUUUAUCCAGCAGGCCGUUCGUGACACCAAGAUCAACCUUGUACAGUUCCACGGGUCAGAACCCUGCCAUUUGGCAGCCCUCCUCCCUACUCCCGUCAUCAAAGCUUUCCAUGUCCUUCCUAACGAGACGCCGUCGCAAGUGAUUGAUCGCAUUGUGGCUCGUGAAACUGUGGGUACGAUUUCGGGUGUUUUGCUGGAUACCGGUGUGAAAUCUGGCCAGCAGGGGGGAACGGGACAAGUUUUUGAUUGGGAUGUCGCGGUGCAUGUGCAGCGUGAGGGGCGUGUGCCGGUUCUGUUAGCGGGUGGGCUAAAACCUGAAAACGUUGCGGAGGCUGUCAGGAAAGUUAGGCCCUGGUGCGUGGAUGUGAGUAGCGGCGUGGAGUUGGAUACGAAAAAGGGGUUCAAAGAUCAUGGAAAGGUUGUGGAUUUUAUCAAGGCAGUUAGGACGGUGGAUACAUGA